UCAGAAGGUUCUUAAACCCCUUUGAUCUCUCUACCACUCCUUUCUUGUCUCAUUUCCACAUCUACAUUUUUGGACAACCUACGCUUCAGGCAAUAAAACAUACACAGAAAUGGCUCGUCCCAAGGUUUUCGUCAUUUUCUACUCGACCUACGGUCACAUCCACACGGUCUCCAAGUCGAUCAAGGAGGGUCUGGAGAAGGCCGGCAACGUCGACAUUGAGGUUUACCAGUUCCCUGAGACCCUGUCUGAGGACAUCCUGGGCAAGAUGCACGCCCCGCCCAAGCCCGAUGUCCCGGUCAUUACUGUCGACAAGCUGACUGAGGCCGACGGCUUCCUGUUUGGUUUCCCGACCCGCUUCGGCUCUGCCCCCGCCCAGGUCAAGUCGUUCUUCGACGCCACUGGUGGUCUGUGGGCCAAGGGCGCUCUGUACGGCAAGCCCGCUGGCAUCUUCUUCUCGACCGGCUCGCAGCACGGCGGCCAGGAGACCACGGCGUUCUCGUUCCUGCCGAACCUUGCUCACCACGGCAUGAUCUACGUCCCCACUGGUUUCCGUAACCCUAAUCUGUUUGACAACUCGGAGGUCGUCGGCGGAUCCCCGUGGGGUACUGGCACUGUUGCCGGCGGUGAUGGCUCCCGCCAGCCCAAUGAGAAGGAGCUGUCUGUGGCUGUGACCCAGGGCGAAGAGUUUGCCAAUGUUGUUGCUAAACUCGCUGCCUAAGAAACUUCCUCAAUGUAGUUUAAUUGAAU